AUGUCUCUUUCGAUUUACGAAGAUCUCUUGGAGAGGCUAUCCACUGUGCCUUCAUGGUCAGACCGACAUGAAACCGAGCUGUUGGAACCAUUUGCGUUCAUUACUUCAAAUCCUGGAAAAGACAUGCGUAGCAGACUGAUCGAGGCAUUCAACCUUUGGCUCAAUGUUCCCGAGGAAAAGACCAAAGUCAUUUCUCACAUAGUAAAUAUGCUGCACAACGCCAGUUUGCUGGUAGAUGAUAUUGAAGAUGACUCUCAAUUAAGAAGGGGCCGACCUGUGGCCCAUAAAAUUUAUGGAAUUCCCCAAACGAUAAAUACCGCAAAUUAUGUUUACUUCCUCGCUUACGAGGAACUCCAUGCGCUUCGAAGAGCUGGAAAUUUCGGGACGUCGAGAGGUGUUGAUCUGGAUGCAAUUGUUACGGCUGAACUCUUGUCUUUACAUCGUGGUCAAGGUCUCGAGUUGCAGUGGAGAGACUCUCUGAGAUGUCCCACCGAGGAAGAUUACAUCGGAAUGGUCAACAAUAAGACCGGUGGUCUCCUGCGAAUAGGCAUCAAGUUGAUGAUGGCUUGUGCAACUACCAAUAUUGACGUUGACUAUGUUCCUCUGGUCAACCUCAUCGGUGUCUAUUUUCAAAUUCGUGAUGACCUUCUAAAUCUGCAGAGCCCUGAGCAGUACAGUACCAACAAAGGUUUCGCUGAAGACCUCACGGAGGGGAAAUUCUCCUUCCCCAUCGUUCAUGGUAUCAAUUCAGACACCACAAACAGACAAGUCCUCAAUGUACUGCAGAAGCGUCCCACCACUCCAACGUUGAAAUACCACGUUAUAUCAUAUCUCAAGGAUCACACAAAGUCAUUCGACUACACUCUCAGCGUAAUGGACUUGCUCGAUAAGAAAGUACGAGUCGAGAUAGCCAGGUUGGGCGGUAAUAAGGGUUUGGAGAAGCUCAUGGACUUCUUCUAUGUUGAUAGCUCCAAACUCAUUCAUACUUCGUAG